GUCUGCCCUUUGUGAGAAUCUCACUCAUGCAAUCUCCCUACAAAGUUGAACUGUACAAUAUGUUAUUGUGGCUGAAUGCAAUCAACUCCCUGUGUUUAAAAGACUGAGUGCAGCCAUGUUCUACACCCAUAUUCAGGGGAAAAGGUUCUUUUUCAAUAUGACGCCUGACAGUCUGUUCUCCCGAGGUCCGUGAAAGCAGCACCUGCGCGUGCGACCAUUCACGGCUCGGACGCCACAGCGUCCUUUAAAAUGUACACUGCGUGGACCACUGAUUGGCUACAGGAAUGCGACCACCCUGAGCAUUGUGGGCAGUGUGGUCCAACCCAGUGCAGACUUUCAUGGACGUUAUUCGGACAGCACGAAAUCUGCUCCGGACACUUGGUGAACUUCUUGAUAUUGCUUUUUUCGCAAGCCAGCCUGAAGAAGGUUCGGUCAGAACCGAAACGUCGCGACUUUGGCUUGUAUUAUAUGUAUAUAGUUCAUUUUUGUAUUGAUUUGUCAACUUUGAGCAACAAUAAACCGCUCAGUGAUCAAGAUCAGUAUACGAGUUAUCCGUUAGCAUAGAGCUGCCUAGCAUCACCCACACGGUCGAGUGGGACCAGUGGAGAGAGCUAAAGGUAUUAGUGGACACAUAACCAUGCCCGCAUAUGCUACGGAUGGAGAGUGGACCCUCGUUCGGCGACGCAGGGGCCGGGGAGGGGACCGCGACUGGAGAGCUGAGGAGAUCGCACGUAGACCACCUCGCCGAAGCAGCUAUCCAUCUCGAGAGGGUCGGAGGACCUACACGGCGAUCAGGAGAGAUGAUCACCGCAGCGGUGAGUCAGACUUUUUCCACGCACCACAGCGGAACCGGGGGAGAAACCAGCCGGCAGCAGACCGCUAUGCAACCCGCCAGGAGAGCUGGAGAGGUGAUCGCGGCUGGGGAGCUGACGAGGACGCACGCCGACCACCUCGGCGCAGCAGCCAUCCAUCUCGAGAAGGUCGGAGGACCUAUGCGGCGGCCGUGAGAGAGGAACACCGCAGCGAUCAGCCAGGCUUUUUCCACGCACCACAGCGGAACCGGGGGAGGGACCGUCCGGCACCGGACCGCUAUGCAGCCCGCCAGGAGGGCUGGAGAGGAGACCGCGGCUGGAGAGCUGAGGAGGACGUACGCCGACCACCUCGACGCAGCAGCUACCCAUCUCGAGGAGGUCGGAGGACCUAUGCGGCGGCCGUGGGAGAGGAUCACCGCAGCGACGAGCCGGACUUUUUCCACGCACCACAGCGGAACCGGAGGGGAGAACAGCCGGCGACAGACCGCUAUGCAGCCCGGCAAGGAAGUCGGACCGGACGGGACCGACGAUUCGACCGGAGAACGGCUCGGGACAAUCGGUAUGUGAGACGCACUCGCGCUGAGCGAGCUGGACCUCCUGUUAACAAAAUAAUUUCAGAUGAUCCGGACUUUUCUAAAAAGGUCCGCAUUAUUCACAGACUUAUUAAGACAGUACACCAUUUGAAAAAUGUGACUAGUGACACUUAUCCUCCUUCUUUAAACAAAAUAGCACACAAUUUAAAGACUGUUAUUAAACCUGCCGUCCCUACCAAACACACACAAAAUAAGAUUGAGGAGAACGCUAAAAACUGGGCCCGUACAACCAUGGUGAUCCUCCGGCAACAUUAUACUCAGAGCGUAGAGGAGGAAUUAAAAGCUCUCUCUGAGUGUUCUAAACAGGACUGGGAGGGCCCGUUCGAGAUAGCAACAUCCUGGGCCAAGAGGAACCUGGGCCGCCGCCUCCAACCUGACUCUCUGGAACAGGCCAGAGCUGAGAUCGUGGCCAAACUGGGGGACCUGGGGACUGCCACUUCAACAGAGGAGGGCCCACCUGCACCCCGCACAACAUCCAAAACAACGACGGCAACGAUGACGGACCACGUCGCUGGAGACUGGUCACCUUCUUCUGAGAUGGAGCAGGAACAAGAGAGGGAACUGACACCUUCCUCCCCUCCAGAAUCUUCACAACCAGCAGAGCCCAAUCUGGCCACACCGAAGGAGCAGAGGGUGUUGAGAUUCGCCGCCUCGAUCCCAGAGACGCCAUCCCAGGAACGGCCAUGUUCUCCCUCCAUCCAACCACCACAAUCUGGUGAAAUUAUGGACACUGAGGGACUGGACCUCACACAGGGGGAAGUCACCCCCAAAAAGACAAAGCGGGUUAGCACUUUAACAGUGGCUAAACCGCAACCAGUGUCUCACCCGGGACCAUCUCGCAGCGGCUUAGACAGACUGACUUCCUGUGUGCAAACCCGGCUUCAGCUUCAAGCAGCAGAGGAAUCAUCAUCUUCUUCAUCAUCUCCUCCUCCUUCACCAGCCUCGCCGGGACAGCAGGUGCGGACGCCGACCAGACAUCCCAACACACACAGGAAAUUGAGAGACUGGCACCUGCAUGUGAAAGAGCCCUGGCUCGUCGUCGGCGAUUCUAAUGUUAGCAGACUGCCCCCCUUUGCAGCUGACAGUUUGCAGAUCGAUGGCUUCCCGGGAGCCAAAUGGUGGCAUGCAGAGUACCUCCUGGAGAAAGCCACUAUUGCCACACCGGUGACAAAACUAAUCCUGUCUUUUGGCAUUAAUAACAGGUCCCAGAGAGACAAGAAUAUGCCGGUGUUGGAACUGAAAAGGGCCCUGAAAGUAGCCCGGCAGAAGUUCCCUGAGGCUAACAUUUAUGUGCCUGAGAUUAACUUUUCUUCUGCUCUUUCUCAGGUGGAAAAGGACACUUUGAUGUACUUGAACACUUUCAUUACAGGACUAAAAGAUCACAUUCCAGCCCUCACCUCAGACAUUUUCACUACAGAAGAGGAUGACAUUCACUGGUCAUAUGGAACUUCAGAGGCAAUGUUACAACACUGGGAGAUGUAUGUAAAUGGGGAGUCCCCAUAAGCCUGACACAUCGGGAGGGGUCAAGUGAUUUACAUGUUGUUGAUGGUGUUAUGAACUUGUCCAAAAAAUUCCAUCCUUCCACUGCUCAGCGGAGCCUGCUGAAUAGAGGCCUGACUUUUAUCCCCACAAAAGGCUACAACAAAAAUUUACAAUUACAAUGCAAAUAUGACAUUCAGCAGUACCAUAGGAGGAUCAAAUUGGCUGCCUUUUAUGGAGAUAAAAAUGAGACUCAAUCUCAGCCCUUCACUCCAAAGUCAUACUGGUCUCCGCCCAAUGCUCAGCUGC